AUGGUCGCAACCACGAAACCUCUUGCGCUGCCACCCGACGUCAGUAGCGAUGUCUUCGACAAAUUCUUGACAGCUUGUCAUAAUGUUGGUCGUGACAACAUCGAAGUCAUAUCCUCCGCGUCCCAGAUUGACGAUGGCAACUACAUGAAGCCGAACUACACGCACGACCCUCAUCACAUCAUGAAGCAAGAUUUCUUCCUUGCUUCAGCUGUCAUCGCCCCUCGCAAUGUCGCCGAUGUUCAGACUAUCGUCAAGGCCGCAAAUGAGUACCAUGUACCAUUAUGGCCCAUUAGUAUUGGGAGGAACUCAGGCUAUGGCGGCGCCGCUCCACGCGUAUCUGGUAGUGUUGUCGUCAACAUGGGCAAACAUAUGAACAGGAUCCUCGAAGUCAAUGUAGAGGGAGUCACAUUUCACGAUCUAUAUACUUAUCUCGUCGAAAACAACCUUCGCGAAAAGCUUUGGCUUGACGUACCUGAUCUUGGUGGCGGUUCAGUCCUAGGUAACACUAUGGAGAGAGGUGUUGGUUACACUCCUUAUGGUGAUCACUUCAUGAUGCAUUGCGGCAUAGAGCUCGUCUUACCGAGUGGCGAGCUCAUCCGUACUGGUAUGGGUGCCUUGCCUCACCCUUAUGAGAAGGCCGGUGUUCCCCCCCAAGACCAACCUUGGAACGAUUCGGCACAGCUGUUCAACUACGGCUUCGGUCCCUACGUUGACGGAAUUUUCACACAAUCUAAUCUGGGUAUCGCUACAAAGAUGGGCUUAUGGCUCAUGCCGAAUCCAGGUGGUUACCAGUCAUAUCUUAUCACAAUCCCUCGUGAGGACGACUUGAAGCAGGCCGUUGACAUCAUCCGGCCACUGAGAUUGAAUAUGGUCCUCCAGAAUGUACCAACAAUUCGACACAUCCUCCUCGACGCCGCUGUGUUGGGUCACAAAUCCGAUUACACCUCAGAUAUCAACAAGCCCCUCACAGAUGCCGAGCUAGACGCCAUAGCUGAGAAGCUCAAGCUUGGCCGGUGGAACUUCUAUGGUGCGCUCUACGGGCCGCAGCCAAUCCGUGAUGCAACGUGGACUGUCGUCAAACAAUCCUUCUCGGCCAUCCCAGGAGCAAAGUUCUACUUCCCAGAAGACCGACAGGAGGCAAACUCAAUCUUGCAUACUCGCCACAAGACUAUGCAAGGUAUCCCCACCUACGAUGAGCUCAAAUGGCUGGAUUGGCUACCAAAUGGCUCUCAUCUCUUCUUUUCGCCAAUAUCUAGGGUGAAUGGCGAAGACGCAACCAAGCAAUUUGCUCUCACCAAAGCCCGGUGUCAUGAAGCUGGCCUUGACUUCAUCGGUACAUUCACGAUUGGCAUGCGCGAAAUGCACCACAUUGUAUGCAUUGUUUUCAAUCGCAAAGACGAGGAACAAAAGAAGAAAGUCAUAUGGCUAGUCAAAACGCUGAUCGAUGACUGUGCUAAGCAAGGAUGGGGGGAGUACCGGACACAUCUUGCAGCCAUGGAUCAGAUCAUGGACACGUACUCGUUCAACAAUAACGUCUUCAGGCGAUUCAACGAGACGAUAAAGAAUGCUGUUGAUCCCAACGGCAUCUUGGCACCGGGUAAAUCUGGGAUUUGGCCUAAGCAGUAUGUCCGCAAGCAGUGGAAGCUUUAG